UGAUAGUAAUCUGUCAAUUAUAUAUAUAAUUUUUAAAAGUGACUGAAAUGACUGAAUCUAAAGAAAAUAAUGAAACUGCUGGUGGUCCUCACAUACCGGAUUGGUUAACUGAAGAACUAUUUGUAAAUAUUUUAAAAGAAAAAUUCCCAGAAUUCCAAAAAAUACAAGAAUUUGAUAUUGUGCCGGCUGUUGGCACAGGAGAGAAUUAUAUGACGAUUUUAUUACGAGUAAAUAUUGACAUUGAACUAAAAGAUGGUUCCAUAACUCAAACAUCAUAUAUAGUCAAGUUACAGCCAAAAUCGAUUGAAAUGCAAGGACUAUUAAAAAUAUGGCAAGUGUUUGAAAAAGAAGAAAAUACUUAUACAAAAUAUUUGCCAGCUUUUGAAAAACUCUACAAAGAUGCUGGGAAAGAAAUUAAAUUUGCGCCAAAUAUAAUUCUACUAAACAGUGCAAUAUCUGAUCCAGCUAUAAUAAUGGAAGAUUUACGUAUAAGGAAUUUUAAAAAUGCCAAAAGACAGGAUGGUUUAGACAUAGAACAUACAAAAGCCGCCUUAGAGAAACUAGCACAAUUUCACGCUGCCUCAGCAUGUUACUAUGAAAACAAUGGACCAUAUCCUGAUAUGUAUUUACAAUGCUUAUGUGGCAAUAUGGAUCUGUAUGAAGAGUACAGAAAUAAUAUGGUGAAUUUAUUUUGUCAAAAUUUGGAAUUAUACGAUGCCAAACCUAUAGAGGAGAAAUUUAGAAAAUUUGCUGCCGAAGUACCAGAUCAAUUUCAAGCGGUAUCCAAACCUCUACCUGAAGAAUUUAAUGUACUGAAUCAUGGUGACUGUUGGUCGAAUAAUAUAAUGUUUCAAUAUAAUGCAGAGGGUAAAAUAAUUGAUACGCAUUUCGUUGACUUACAAAUGAGUCGUUAUGGGUCACCGGCACAGGAUUUAAAUUACUUACUGUUAUCUUCAACCUCUUUGGAGCAUAAGGUGAAGAAGUUUGAUUAUUUCCUUUAUUUUUAUCAUGACAAAUUGGUGGAAAAUUUAAAAUUAUUAAAUUAUACCAAACCAAUUCCAACACUAAAGAAAUUACAUAUAGAAAUGCUGAAAUAUAAUGAGUGGAUUUUUGCAGUGUUACUCAAUGUAAUGCCAGUUGUACUGUUUGAGCCCUCGAAGAAUGCUAAUUCGGAGAACUUAAUAAGUGAAAAUGAGGAAGGCCAGAAUUUAAAAAUAGCUAUGUUUAGAAAUAAGACUUAUGCAGCGCAUGUAACACAAUUAAUACCUUGGCUAGAUAAACGUGGUCUUUUGGAGUAUUUACCAAAUUUAUGCUUUUAAAAAAUGUACUCUAUUGUUAAAUAAGAAUAAAUGUAAAU